AUGGAGCACGUGUUCCACAGUGAAGGUAUUUCAAAUGUCCUCUCCAAGGAAUAUCCACAGAUUUACCAACUCUUACGCGAAGAACCUGAAAGUACAGCAGCUUAUCUUCGUUUGACUGCUGAAAUACAAUCGAUCGAAUAUGUGUCACCGAAUUUUCAAGAGAUCAAACCUCCAUAUCAAUCGAACUCAACACGUGACAAGAAGAAGGAAAGCAUGGACGUUGAUUUGGACGAAUCGAAUGAUGUUAUUCGCAUCGUUCAAAGUGUAGAUAAGCAACUUAGUAGGAUAAUACCUAGUACAGUCGCGAAUGAUGUGGGGCGUUCAAUUGCUCGCGAAUGUCUCAAGACAUUACCAACAGUAAACGCUGUUCCUCCGGGUAGUCAUUGUUUAGUUGCUAGUCGAAUAAAUGGUAUCUUUGACUCGACAAGUGACAGUUUGAUCUGGUCAGUCAGUUAUAAUUUGCGCUUGAAAAAAUGUGAGAUCAAGCCUGUCUCACGUUCAUAUACUUUCUCCUCUUCACCGGCCACAAAACAAGAAUAUAUGUUGGAGGGUACUCUGAAUGUACUUAAACUUGUUGGUAAUCUGAGACAGAUUGACAACCUUGAAAAACGCGCACAGACAGACUACCGUCGAGCCAAGGAAGAUAUCUUACGAGAAUAUCCUCACGUGCCCAUAUCAAUUGAACCCGAACGGGAAUCAAUAACAGAGAGAUCACUCAUCGCUGCACAACCGCCACAGUUUUCGCGAACACAUAAGCCACACCCUCUAACAACAGAAGAAGCAUUUUUAAAACAAACGAUGGCUAACACACAUAACUGUGUUGCAAGCAUACUAACAAUCCGUGGAUUAAAAAACGGAAUAUCAAUGUCUGAAAAAACGUUUUACCAUUCUAUGGAGCAAAUUAAAUCUUAUAUUGAAACGAAUCUAGCAGCACUUCAGAAAACAGUCUUCGUUCGAAAUCAUAUUGUCAUUCUUUAUACAUUCGACAGCGCAUCUCAAGUAUGGAGCGCAUUACAAAAUACUGAAGCACAAGCUAUCCGAUCGAAUGCAGAAUUUACUAUUGAACGACAGGACAUAAACAAUGCUACAUUUGAUAAUGUCAUCGGUCAAAUCCGUGACUAG